AUGGCCUUGCCGGGCUCCGAGGGCGCGGCUGACAGGCCGGUGUCCCCGGCCUGGGGCGCCCCCGCCGGCUCCGCGUCGUCGUCGUCCGCCUCCUCCGGCGGCUCGGCCUCCGCCCCGGCCGCGGCGGGAGCGGGGCUGUGGGCCGCUCUGUACGACUACGAGGCGCGCGGCGAGGACGAGCUGAGCCUGCGGCGCGGCCAGCUGGUGGAGGUGCUGUCCCAGGACGCCUCCGUGUCGGGCGACGAGGGCUGGUGGGCCGGCCAGGUGCAGCGGCGCCUGGGCAUCUUCCCCGCCAACUACGUGGCGCCGUGCCGCCCGGCCGCCAGCCCCGCGCCGCCGCCGCCGCCGCCGCCGCGGCCCGGCUCGCCGGUGCACAUCGACUUCGAGCGGCUGGAGCUCAAGGAGCUCAUCGGCGCCGGCGGCUUCGGGCAGGUGUACCGCGCCACCUGGCAGGGCCAGGAGGUGGCGGUGAAGGCGGCGCGGCGCGACCCGGAGCAGGACGCGGCGGCGGCGGCCGAGAGCGUGCGGCGGGAGGCGAGGCUCUUCGCCAUGCUGCGGCACCCCAACAUCAUCGAGCUGCGCGGCGUGUGCCUGCAGCAGCCGCACCUCUGCCUGGUGCUCGAGUUCGCCCGCGGCGGAGCGCUCAACCGCGCGCUGGCCGCAGCCAACGCCGCCCCGGACCCGCGCGCGCCCGGUGCGCGCCGCGCGCGCCGCAUCCCCCCGCACGUGCUGGUCAACUGGGCUGUGCAGAUCGCGCGGGGCAUGCUCUACCUGCACGAGGAGGCCGUCGUGUCCAUCCUGCACCGGGACCUCAAGUCCAGCAACAUUUUGCUGCUCGAGAAGAUAGAGCAUGACAACAUCUGCAAUAAAACGUUGAAGAUCACAGACUUUGGGUUAGCGAGAGAAUGGUACAGGACUACCAAAAUGAGCGCCGCGGGCACUUACGCUUGGAUGGCCCCGGAAGUCAUCAAGUCCUCCUUGUUUUCUAAGGGAAGUGACAUCUGGAGCUAUGGAGUCCUGCUGUGGGAGCUGCUCACGGGAGAAGUCCCCUACCGUGGCAUCGAUGGGCUUGCCGUGGCUUACGGAGUAGCCGUCAAUAAGCUCACUUUGCCCAUUCCUUCCACCUGCCCUGAGCCGUUUGCCAAGCUCAUGAAAGAGUGCUGGCAACAAGACCCUCACAUUCGUCCAUCAUUUCCCUUAAUCCUUGAACAACUGACUGCUAUUGAAAAGGCAGUUAUGACUGACCUGCCUCAGGAAUCUUUUCAUUCCAUGCAAGAUGAUUGGAAGCUAGAAAUUCAGCAAAUGUUUGAUGAACUGAGAACAAAGGAAAAGGAGCUGCGGUCCCGCGAGGAGGAGCUGACCCGGGCCGCCCUCCAGCAGAAGUCCCAGGAGGCGCUGCUCAAGCGGCGGGAGCAGCAGCUGGCCGAGCGGGAGAUCGACGUGCUGGAGCGGGAGCUCAACAUUUUGAUCUUCCAGUUAAACCAGGAGAAGCCCAACGUCAAGAAGAGGAAGGGAAAGUUCAGGCGGAGCCGGUUAAAGCUCAAAGACGGACAUCGCAUCAGCUUACCUUCAGAUUUCCAGCAUAAAAUCACCGUGCAGGCCUCUCCCAACUUGGACAAACGGAGGAGCUUGAACAGCAAUGGUUCCAGUCCGCCUAGUAGCCCCACGGUGAUUCCUCGGCUUCGAGCGAUACAGCUGACUUCAGAUGAAAGCAACAAAACUUGGGGAAGGAACACUGUCUGUCGACAAGAAGAGUUUGAAGAUGUGAAAAGGAGUUUCAAGAAAAAAGGUUGUACCUGGGGACCAAAUUCAAUUCAAAUGAAAGAAAGAACUGAGUGCAAAGAAAGAAUAAGACCUCUCUCAGACGGCAACAGUCCUUGGUCAACUCUCUUACUAAAGAAUCAGAAAACCAUGCCGUUGGCUUCGUUAUUUGUGGACCAGCCAGGUGUUUCUGAAGAGCCAAAACUUUCCCUGGACGGAUCAGAACACAGAAAACCAAAGCAAAUAACAUCACCUAGUCAAGCCUAUGUGGAUCUACCUCUUUGGAAAGAUGGCCAGAGAGAGAAUCCAGUGGAAGCUGGAAGCUGGGAGGAGGGAUUCUCCACGAACCCUGCUGCUGUCACUCCUCAGGUGACCCCUACGAAUAGCCUGAGCAGAUCCCCCCAGAGAAAGAAGACAGAGUCUGCCCUGUAUGGCUGCACCAUGCUGCUGGCGUCCGUGGCUCUGGGGCUGGAUAUCAGAGAGCUCAGUAAAACACAGGCUGCUGAGGAACCGUUGCCCAAAGAAGAAAGGAAGAAACGCGAGGGAAUCUUCCAGCGGGCUCCCAAGUCCCGAGGCAGCGCAAGUCCUCCUACAAGGCCACCGUCUACAGGCGAGGGGGCCGGCAACCCACCCGUCUUCCCUCCAACAAGUGCCCUGAGCCUUCUGUCCAUGCCCUCUCUCUCCACGAAGUGCUUGCUCCAGACCGACGGUGAAGAUGCGUCUGAGGGCAGCACCCACGUCACCUGUGACCCUGAGAUGCCCGCUCCAGAUUUCUGCCCUGCCGUCGGGGGAGGGAGUCACAGACCGCCCUCCAUGCCAAGACUCAAGACUGAUCAGAGGAUGUGGAAAAACCUGCCUCCUCCUUUCUUAGAGCUGACAUGUGGGAAUGUGCCUUAUUACCCUUCUUCGAAAGAACAAGCAUUGCAUCACAGACGCACCCUGUCUGAUGGAAACGCUUCUCAGACCCCAGCAGCUGGGACAACUCUCCUACCAGCCCCCGGAGCCUCUUACCUGCCACCUGAGUGGGUUCUGGGGAUCCCCCACCUCUCACAUGGGCCUCACGGUAACCUGCCAAAGGAGGCCCCGCCCGAAAAACAAAGAGCGGUCAGCAUCAUGCCUCUGCCUCGCCCUCCCUCCUCCAGGAGCCGAACAGAGUCUCAGCCCACAGGGGCCGACUCUGCCAUGCGUGGUCCGGGACCCACUGCUAACUGUUCCCUCGUUGCCCAGGAGAGAACUAAACCCCAUGUGCCUUCCCUACUGGACGCAGAUGCCGAAGGCCAAAGCAGGGACUGCACGGUGCCUUUGUGCAGGAUGAAGAGCAGAACUAGCCGACCAUCCAUAUAUCAACUGGAGAAAGAAUUUCUGUCUUAAGUGCCUUACUUUGUUUGAGCCUUUUUUUUUUUAAGGUGAACAAAUUAAAACAAUGUGUCUACCUUUGAACUGUUUCAUGCUGCUGUGUUUUCAAAAGCUGUGGCCAUGUUACUAAAAGUAGUAAUGGAUGUCAAUCUUUGCAGAAAAAUAUAUGUGAUUGCUCUUA